GGCAAGAAGAUCCGCUCGGUGACAAGGUCGACGAGGUGGCGACGGGCGAGGAGGGGGGGGGGGGGAUGGGCGAUGACGUGGCAGGGGAGGAGGGAAGGGGUGAAGCGUUCGAUCCUCGGCGUUUUCCCCGAGAUUUCGUCAUUUAUUAUGGGGAUAACCAAGGUCUGCGAGUCCACGUGGAUAUGGGCCCCAUGCAAGAGGCAAUUGGGAGGGAGGAGGGAGGAGGGGGGGAAGGAGAAGGACCAGUAGCAGCAGCAGCAGAAGCAGCAGCAGGAGGAGGAGGAGAAGGGUUAGUUACAGGUGGCGCGUUCUGGAAUAUGCUUCGUCAUCCCGACUUUCCAAGGUUCUUACGGCGGGCCGCCGCCCGCCAAAUGGAGGGGGAGGGGGAGGGAGCAGGAGAGGAAGUCGGCAUGUCCGAAGAAGAAGGAGAAGAAGAAGAAGGAGAAGGAGAAGAAGAAGAAGAUGAAGAAAUUCUAAUGGACGAAUUGCAUCGUCUUGAUCGUACUUGAUGGACAGCAAGAUUAAUGCGUAAAAUUCGUCGGAGAAAAAAGAAAAAACAAG